GGGAAAGGUGUGUUUCCGGCUGCCCCGGAAGGGAUGAUAUAAGUGGUUGCUAAGAGACGGAGAGCAGUGCGGCUGUGUGAGCCCAUAACAGGGUAGCAAAUGUCCCAUGGAGGUGAAAGGGUAGCAGAUAGUAGGCUUCUCACCCACUGUGAGGAAAGAAUCUUGGCCCUCUCAGGAAAAGACUGGAAUCACUCCUGCAGGAUCGCUGAUUACCACCAGCAUCUCGUUCACUCUGUUGUGAAAUACCCAACUCCCCCAGAAACCACUGGUUCAAGCUCCAGAACACCAAGCCCUCGUAGGAGGCAUUGGCAAGGUUGCUUCCUGCGUGCGUGCUUCAAUGUGGGGCCAUAAUCUGGUGAGCACUUCACAUCUGGCUGAGGAAGAAAACUCUGAGGACUGCCAGUGUCCAGGCAUCUGUUCAACCUCAGGCAGGAGAGAACACUAGUGUCGGCAAUCAGUGGCUUUGUCCAUAUCCACAGGGAGGAGAAGGAGCCAACAGCCAGAACAUCCUUCCUCAGAUAUGUACUGCACAUAAUCCUUCAAGCGCGGUCUCACCAAGGCUGUGUACAUUUGCAGCAAGACGUUCCUGCUCCUAUACACAACAUUGCUACUCUUGUGUUUUGUGAUGGCAGAGAUGAGGAAAUAUUUCUUCGCCCGAGAGUGAGCUGAGCUCCAGCUGCCAUCAGAUGUCUGUCUGCCUGACUGAGCUGCACCUGUGGUCUAUGAAGAAUACCUUACAAGUCAAGGAUACAGAUAUUGGCAUCUAUCAAUAUUAUGAUAAGAGAGACGCAGUGUCACCAACAGACUGCUGUUACCUGGAAGCGAAGCAGCAUAUGACAGAGGCUCGUGAAUACUUGUGGACACCCAAGAAUAGACGCCCAGAUAAACUUCGAGACACCCUCAAGGAGUUUGAGGAGCUACUGCAGUGUAGCCGUUGUGUGCUGAGCAAAUGGAAGGACAAGAACUUCGGUCAGUUUUUCUUCAGUUCAGGUGUGCUGGUGUCAUUAAGCCUAUCUGGGCCACAUCUGGAGAAAGCCAUGAUCGACAGGACCUUAGUGGGGAAAUUCAUCUCUGACACCAUCUAUGAUGCUGUACUUGCAGACAAUUUUAUGAUCGUAACUUUUCUGGAGUCCAGCAAACUUUGCUUUGUUCAAUUUACAAAGAAACAGAAUUCUCCAGAUGUUGAGAGAAGAAUUGAAAAGCUAUCCUCUUCCGAUCUUAAGAUUUCUUACAUCAAUUUACCAGGCCCUACAGGACGAAGGGUAGAACGUUGCUUAGCCAUUAAUUACAUACAGGAUAUGGUGAUCUGCUGGUGGAAAACAGUUCAUGGGGAUGCCUGGCCUUGGUCUCCAAUAUCUAGUGAAAGCGACAGAGCUAAUAUGGUGUUGUUGAGUUGCACAAAUGGCCGAAUUGAGAUUUUAAGCUUCAUCCGCACAGAAGGUGAUCCACUUGAUGCUGGUUUCAGUAUUAAUCAGCCAUAUCAGGUCCACACAGUAGAAUGCUUUGUCGGCCAAGACAAAGAGCCAAUGGCAGACAGCUGCAUCUAUGAGUGUACUCGGAAUAAAUUACAGCGCGUGGCAGUCAUUAGCAUCCCAUUGAGAUCCAAAGCCAUUUGCUGCAGCAGAAAUAUUAUAGAAGACAAGCUUGUUUUAGGUUGUGAGGAUUCUUCACUGAUUUUAUAUGAUGCUCAUCGCAGGGUAACUUUACUAGCUCAAGCUGAUCUUUUGCCUUCUUUGAUAGCAUGGCACCCUGAUGGUGCACUAAUUAUGGUGAGCAGCUAUCAAGGUGAAAUUCAGUGUUAUGACAUGGCACUGUCACCAAUGAAGAUGCAGUUGUUAACAGAGGACAUAAACCCUGUGACCAAACUUCAACUCAACCAGCAUUUUGCUAUAACAAGUAGAUUGGCACAGAUUCAGUGGACAGUUUCCCAGGUCAUUCCUUCAAGUAGUGACAGCCUCGAUUUACAUGAUCGCAUGUUUCUGAGAUUUGAUAAAGGGCCUGUUGGAGUACUUUGUUUGAAACUAGGUAUCAUAUUUAGAGGAAAGCUGAGACCCACUGAACUCAUCCAUCAGUAUAUUCGUUAUGAACAAAUCGAUGAGGCUAUUCAUAUUUUGUAUGGCAUGAACUGGAACACUGUGGGCUCCCAGUGCUACACUUGCCUCAUUGCCCUUGUGGAUUACCUCCUUAAACAAAAACUUUCACCAGAAAGAGAAGCACAACUUGAAGCAAGUCUCGGAACAUUUUAUGCCCCUACUAGACCCUUGAUGGAUACAGUUGUAUUAGAAUACAGGGAUCCAAUCAGCCGGUAUGCCAGACGUUUUUUUCACCAUCUGCUCAGGUACCAGCGGUUUGAAAAAGCUUUUCUGCUGGCGAUAGAUAUAGGUGCUCGAGAUCUCUUCAUGGACAUAUAUUAUGUGGCUUUGGAUAAGGGUGAGUUGGCACUGGCUGAAGUGGCUAAGAAGAAAGCUAAUGAGAUUAAUGCAGAAUCAAUAACAGCCGAAGUUGAAACUCUGGAGUGCUUACAUGGAGGAGAUCCUCUGAUAGGAGACAAGGCAGCACUGCCCUCUGCAUCAUUUAAGAGCAGGAAUCUUUCUUCAGGAUCAAACAACUGCAGCAGCAACCAUUCAUUACAGUUUGGUGCACAGAACAAUCCUACUGAUAAGUCUUUAUGCCAUAACAUGACCGGUGACAUGGGGAAUGAACUUGGGUUUAAUUCCUAUGCUGCAGCCCUGACAGCUGACCCUUUGGUUUGGAACCAGGCAGGGAAUAAUUUUGAUGGAGAAGGAGACCCACAGCGCUCUGAAAACAGCAGCACUCUGAAAGUGGUACACUUUGGCCUAGUGUGAAAUGCAGUUUUGGUUUCUAAAUUACAUGGUAGACAAAGAGUGAUACCAUUUAAUUACCAUUAAGUUUGUCUAUUAAAAAGGAUCUCACUGUUUCUAUUGUAUAAAUAUUAUCACAAAAUCUAGGUAAUGCAGAAAAUGUUGCAACAACUCCAAAAAGCUGAAAAAAUCUUUUAUUCUUAAUCUUCCUUUGCUUCUAUCCUGUGGUUAUAUUGAUAACAGACCUACUUAUUUGAUACACUUUUAGAUGAGUUUUUAAAUAUAUCUUAUAUAAGGUAAAAGUUAUUUCAUUACGCUGCUAUGGUUGAAUUACUUCCACUUCAUUCAGUAAAUUCUCUGUAUAUCCCCAGAAAAAGAACUGCAAGAUUUGGAUUCACAUAAUCAGAAAAUGGCAAAUGUUUUUGUUGAUCAUUGUUUGUAAUAUGAAUAAAGUUCAUAAUGGACAGAAUUUAUUUGAUUGUGACUUCAAAUGUGAAGGAAUUUAUACCCUUUCAUUAUCCAUUUAUCUUUUGUUCACAAUGUUAACAUUUUGUUAUGUACUAAAUAGAAGCAGGAGUAGGCACAUUCAGUCCUUCAUGCCUGCUCC